AUGUCUGCUAGCCGCGACCCACGCCUCCGAACCUACCUCUUCUCUCUCAACCCGGUCAAGUUCCCUCUUCCGUACGAUGCUAUGGUGCGCUUUACAGGUAGCCAAGGGAGCAAGCUCGUCGAAAAUGACGCAACGGUAUGGUUUCGUACCGCCACGAGCACGUUUCUCGUGUUCUGUGACAAGGAUACGGUCCUGAUUGUCGAUGAACAUACCAAGAAGGAGGUGUCGAGGCACAAGCUUGAGACUCCGAUCUCCAACACCACCACUGGACCUACCUCAGACGACCGCUCCGGGACGCCCACCCAGAGCACCGGUACCCCCAGCGGCGCUCCCACGCGCGUCAACAGCCCUGCCCCCGGUAGCAGCGGUAGCAACGCUGUCCGCCGCAGUGGGUGGGGUGGGUACCAGGGGCCAGAUGCCGCCCAGCCCCCAGCCAAGCGCCCACGCAUCAAUGCCGAAGACACCACUCAGCCCACCUCGCCAGUCCCCGGAGCCGUCUACCUGUCGGACCUUGCCGCUCCUGGAGCCACCCAAGUACCCAACGACGUCCUCCCUAUCAUCCGGAGGCUCAACGAGCACACACAGUGGGCGGAGGAGCGUGCCAGUGUUUUGGCCGAACGUGACAGCAUCGCCUCCGAACGCGAAAGCAUCACCGCCGAACGUAACACGAUUGCCGCUGAGAAGGAGGGAAUUGACCAUGAACGGAAGCAGCACACGGAUACACGCGCUGCAUGGGGUCAGGAGAAGGACCGCCUCAUCGCCGACCACACCUCUAAGGAGACUGCGUGGGCGUCCGAGAAGACGGAGCUGGAGGGCAAGCUUAGCCUUGAAAAGAAUGCUCGGGGUUUGGAGAAUAAAAAGUUUAAGACCGACUUGGAGAACUGCCAGCGUGAGAAGGAGAAGCUUGCCACGGACCUCAAGGAGGAGAAGGCGGCCCACGCCGAAACGAAGCAGGCCCUCGAGAACGAGAAGGAAGUCAAGGAGCGGAUGCGUAGGGCCCUCGAUGGCCUUUAG